AUGUCCGGCCUGUAUCAUCUCAUGAUUCUACAGAAUGCAUUCCAACUCAAAGAUGCAUGCGACGUUUUGGAAAAGGUUUUAAUUCCCCCCCUCGAAUCUAGAGCUGCACAAGCCGAAGAAAAGGCUCACCGCGACGAGGAGGAUUUGAAGUUUAUGAUGACAGAAUCGAGUAAGCUAGAAAAGGUGCAGCAAUCUAUUGACUGUCUCAACGUGGAACUGAACCAAGCGCGUGAUGCAGAGAAGCUCAUCGAGGCUAUGAAGCAGGAACUGACGUGCGGGUUUUGCUCUAACGAGCUUAGAAGGGCGUACAGCCUUGUCUGCGGAGAUACGUUUCACCCCGCCUGCCUAUGGAGCUGGUUCGCUCAGCACAUGCCGCAAGAGGCGGGUCAUGUUGGCUCCGUCGACGACAAAGACGAGGCAUCCUUGGACCUAACCUGCCCUGUAUGCAAAGCUGACGUUCACCAACCUCCCAUGCGCAACCACAAGAUCGAAAAACUCUGUGAAAAACUUGGGUUUGUCGACCAGGACCCCUCUGAAUACAUUUAG